AAAUUCAUUUGCUGGGUAACCCACUCCUGUAUUGUACUGGGACUUUGGCUUUGUUAACGUACUGUGCUGUGUUACUGUUCUAUUUACUCAGAAGACAGAGGGAUAUACAAGAUUUGCCAGAAGCAAUGUGGCAGCAGUUUGUUUUGGUUGGUGAGCUGCUGCUGGGAGGGUUCCUGGUGAACUUUGUGCCUUACUUCAUGCAGGACAGGACCAUGUUCCUUCACCACUACUUGCCUGGGGUGCUUUUCAAGUUCAUGGUUCUGGCCGCAGUGAUUGAUCAUGUGUACUCUGUGUUAAAUUAUAUCACCCAGCAUAAUAGAUUAGCUAACCAAGUGAGCAAGUUUACGUUUGUGGCAGCAGUGUUGGUGUGGUGUAGCGCAGUGUACCACCAGUUCCACAAAUACUGCGUUUUAAAUCAAGGAACAACAAUACUAACCCCAGACCAUCUGCAGAAAUUGCAGUGGAGAGAGUCAUGGGAUUUUGUUUACUCUUUAUAGAGCAUUUUACCAAUAUUUUGCCAGUUUUAAAUUUCCAUUCCAAUUUAGACUAAUAUUAGCUAGUACUUUGAGAAAUAUACACAUGGCCUGCAAUAGUCAUGGAUCCUUCUAUUAUGGUUCUGGAGUGUUUGGCUAGGGAACCAUGGAGCUCUGUGUUUAGUUCUUCCAUAUUUUAGCUGAUGUAUGAACUUGGCAAAAUGGUCCACUGCUGCACAACUAGACAAAUUAGUUGGAGCUAUAUUGCUUGUGAUUGAUAUCUCUACAUUACAUCUUGAGGAAGAAAUUGGCAAAAUGGAUAAGAAUAAUCCCAAUUAGUUAUGUUUACAUAUUUCAGUUACAUUUAAUAAAAAUCCUUUGAACUGCAAUCAUGACAACCAAUGGAAUUUUAAAAGUACUGGAUGUUGCCGUUUUAAAGGUCCCAGUAGAUGUAUGUAAGUGUAGAAUUAGGAGUGUGUCAACUAAUCUGUAACCAACUGAAUCUCUUGUAGAGGUUUUGUCCUCAUUAACAUUUCUAAGGUGGAAUUUUUUGUACAUUUAAUUGUCUAGAAUAUGCAAUUGUCAUUCAGUUACUUUUGCACAAAAUGUUUACAAGUCUUGCUGGAUUAAUUUACUGAUAAAUGGCAUAUUUUGUUUUAUAGGCUACAGGGUUUUCAACUUCAAAAGCUAGGUU